AUGGCCACACCUCCGCCUCCGCCGCCGCCGCCGCGGCGCCCCGAGCGCUCCGGCGCGGGCGCGGCUCCGGCCCCCCACCGGCCCCGGGGCGGCCCCCGCGCACGGCCCGCGGCCGACCGCCCGGCCGCCAGCGCCGGGGAGUACUCGAGGAGGGUGCAGGAGUGGCUGUGCCAGUACUACAGCUACGUGCAGUGGCAGAGUUGGCUGCUGAUGGGCGCGGCCGCCUUCCCCCCCCACAGCACCGCCGCCGCCGCCGCCUUUCCGCCUUAUUCCCCGACCCAUUACACCGCGCACGUCAGACAGCCCGAAGGAGGGGAGGCGACCGCACUCACUGCUGCCAAUAGCCCGUACAACCCCUUCCCCCCGUACACUCCUUACUAUGGGGUCCCCCCAUCGGGGCAAACGCCUCCGGGCGGCGGCGGCGGCGGAGCUCAGCAGCGGGAGCAGCAGCGGGAGCAGCGGGAGGUGGUGGCGGCGGGUACACGGCUCCCGGCCGCUCAUGCACAGCCACAGGCGGGGAACCCACCGCCCGGAGGCCGUGAGUACACCAUCCCCUCAUUGCUGCAGAGGUUUCUUGCAGAGAUGGUGGACUUCCUAAUUCUUUUUCUGCUGAAGGCAGUGGUGGUACUGACAGUAAUGCAUAUCUGUGGAAUCAAGGAUCUUUCUAAGUUUGCCUUGAAUUACAUAAUUGAAGAAAUUGAUGAAGACACAUCUUUAGAAGAUCUUCAGAGGAUGAUGGCUGUAGCGUUGAUGUACAGACUAUUAGUCUGUGGCUAUGAGAUCAUUUGCCUUUGGGGGGUAGGAGGAGCCACCCCAGGCAAGUUUCUGCUUGGAUUGCGGGUCGUUUCAUGUGACAACUCUGUACUGGUUGCCCCUAACAGGGUUGUUGUGAUACCGGCACAGAACAUCAAUCUUUCCUCGUCUGCAAUACGAGCACUGAUCAAGAAUUUCUCCAUUGCCUUCUUUUUCCCUGCCUUUGUUACGCUACUCUUCUUUCAACACAACCGUACAGCGUAUGAUAUCGUAGCUGGAACCAUCGUGGUAAAGAGAAAUGGCGCAAGAUGAGACAACACAGGGUGUUUCCAAUUUACAGUUUCCUAUAUGUUGGAUGACUGCAACAGCACAAGAAGAAAGGGAAAGAAUUACCUAAUCAGGAGCCACCGAUCAUUUGAAACAGAUGCUGAAUAUAUGAAAAAUUCAGUUUGAGAAUGAAAACAUUUGCAUUAUCUCAGACUGCACUAAAGGCAGGAGUUGACUUGUUCUUUAGAAUUCUAUCUAUUUUGAAGGCUGGCAAUAUGGCAUUUGAAAUGAAGGAUAUGCAAAAUCUCAAAAUUAGAGCAUCGCAAUUUUGCAGGAAGAGAUAGUUUCAGUGUGGUGCGGAAUUGGAUUUGUCACUGACUAUUAGCAUUUUUCAUUUGCUGUAUCAGCAUUCUUUCUUCAUCACAGUUGAAUUUGGUUUUCAGUAACAAUUCCUGCAAUGCAUUCAUUUUCUGUGGCUGCUUUGGAAAACUCAACCAUUUUUGAUCUCUUAAAGAAAACGUAGGCCCUUAUCACUAAGCAACUAACCGGUCAGGCUUCAAAAUAGCCUUGACCACUAAGCAGUCCACAUUUGGAUGAUAGUUGUUAUCAGCUUUACUCCAAAAUAAGUAACGGGAAAAACAGUAUUAUUUAAGAGAUUUUUAGGAUGAUUCCCUUGUCGAUAAUUUUUCUGACCUUGGGGGAACAUGUGUACCAGUCUGUUUAUGCCAUUAUAAGCGCACACAGUAAGAUUGCAUACAUUUACUGACCUGCAGGGCUUUGUUGCUUCGGGUAAGUAUCUGGAAGAAACAAAACCUGCUGAGAAUUAACCCUGAAAGCUUUUGCUUCCUUGUUUCUGUGUUAAAAGUAUCGGUUGCUUUGAAACCUGAUGCCAAUUUUGCAAUGAUAAUAUUUAAUUGCUCAGUGUUAGAAUUAAAACAAUUUGUUCCAAUUGGCUUCCUAGGAAAACCAUGCUCUUAUAUCCAUUUAUGAGUGUUUUGAUCUGCUAAUUUUGAUGAGUUUUUAAAUUAAUAUUUUGUAUAUAUUUGAAUUGUAUAGCUUUUUAUCUAAAGAAAGCAUUUCAGAAAACUACCAUUUCACAAUGAAUUCUAAGCUUGAUUCACGCAUUAAUUUGUGCAUUUGUGCAUUAUUGCACUGGGUACGCUAUCUAAUGCACCUCCAACUAUAAUUUACACAGAGAAUACUUUAUCUGAUGAAUUUUCACAUGCCUUGUGUGAAUGGGUGUGAGCACAUAAAAUAUCUAAUCUGAAAAGGCUGAUCCAUAGGGAGACCUAACCAGGACGGUGAAGAGAGAAACUGGUUAGCGAACAUAACGUUAUCAAUAUAAUAUUGACUGCAGCAAAAACAAUUGCUCUUCUACAGUGAGACCCACUGGUUAAUUUUGUGACAUCACAGCACAAUACUUUGACCAUUUAUAUUCCUCUUGUAAAAAUCUAUUUUAUUGUGGGAAGGUCUAAACUUUAUUUACUGACAAUUUAAAGGUGCUGUAUUAAACUUAGCUUUCUUAGCCAUUUUGGGGACUUUAUAUUUUAUAUUAAUUUAAGAAAAACUCAGACUGCCAUUUCAUUCAGAUAAAACCUUGUGUUGUGUUCCUGCCUUUAAUUGCAGUUGUACAGAUGUAGUUCUGCAGUGUGGGAUAGUUAACCUCUGUGCCAAGCAAGUCACAAGAGUGGGCAGAAUGUACCCUCUGGAACUUUGUUAACCAGAGCCUAACCAAAUCUGAUCGUAUCCUGUACUUUAAUGUAGAGCUUUUCUUUGUUCAGUGUCAUUGGCAUUGAAUCUUUCUCCUCCCCCUCCCCCAUAAUUUAAUAGAACAAGUGUUAGGGAUUAACCUUUGGGUUGUUUUAGUGAAGUAAUAAAAAUGAGACUUUUUCUUGCA